AUGGGACGUCGGUCGGCAAGAUCGAUAUCGGAGCGUUUGGAGGGAGAACCGGAGGUCGGCGAAACUUACACGGUUACGCGUGUCGAACGGGGACAAGCGCAGAACAGCAUAGCAACCGUCAUCGCCACGAAAGUUGUCUCCGCCGCGGAAUUGAGGAGCCAUCGCUUGGAAAAGGAGAAGCUCGGCACGAAUGCUGCCGGUGAUGAGCAAGUCAAUGAGGAGGAGUCCCAGACCCUCUACUACAUCCAUUUUGAAAACAUGGAUCGGCGUCUGGACGAAUGGGUCGAACGCUCUCGCUUCCAAGGAUAUGGCUCCGUUGAUUUGGCAGCACCUGUCAGUGAAAACCGGCCAAGCAAAAUGACCAGAAGCCAGCGGAGGAUUGACGAGGAGUUUAAUCACCUUUCAUCCGGCAUUCAGCAUCUUGGUGCGACGAGCGCCAAGCUGGAGAAGGAGUUCGAAGAACGAACGAAGGUGCGCAACGUCGAAUCGAUCGUUCUAGGGAAAUGGGAAAUCAAUCCAUGGUAUUGGUCCCCCUAUCCCGCACCCUUCGACACGGCCUCCCGGUUGUUCAUCUGCGAGUUUUGCCUCUCCUACUUCAAGGAUCUGAACGAUUACGCGAAGCACACCAAAUUUGCCUGCACCAGCAAAACGCCGCCCGGGAAGGAGAUUUACAAGAAGGGCAACCUGCGAUUAUAUGAGGUCUUCGGAUCCGCACAAAAAUUAUACGCGCAAAGCCUCUGCCUGAUGUCGAAGCUGUUCCUCGACCACAAGACGUUGUACUACGAUGUGGGCACGUUCAUCUUCUACGUUCUUUGCGAGGCAGACGCAGACGGAUCGCAUAUCGUCGGCAAUUUUUCGAAGGAGACGAAUACGGGGAACAACCUGGCUUGCAUCAUGGUCCUUCCACCCUACCAGCGGAAAGGAUAUGGAAAACUGCUCAUCCAGAUCAGCUAUGAGUUGUCGUCUAGAGAGGGCUGGAUUGGAACUCCCGAAAAGCCCCUAUCUGACCUCGGAAAAGUCAGUUACCGUUCAUACUGGUGGUGGGUACUCCUGGAAACGUUGGAACGUUUGGACUCGCCUCAAACGAUACGGAUGUCAAUCGUGGAGGAUGAGGCAGGGAUCCAUACAGAUGAUAUCUUCGCAACUCUACAUCCAGUCAACAUGACAAAAUCAUGGAAAGGAGAGCAAGUUGUGAAGGCUGGAGUUCGUGUCCUCGAACAUUGUCGAUCGCUUGGUCUCUGCCGUCCCCCGUCCCUUCUACUAGAUCGAAAAUGUCUCCAUUGGACCCCUUCUCAAAUACGUGGGCCACCGCGAAAGAGCCACAAACGACUUGUU